AUGGUACCAACAAGAAAGCAUGGCCUUCCUCAGGACUCUUUGUGUGGUGACAAUAAUGGUGACAUUCCUGUCAAAAUGCUCUCAUUCACAGCUAAAUGUGUGCGGAACCCCUCCUCUUAACACUAGGAUCGUGGGGGGUCAGGAUGCUCCUGCAGGGAGUUGGCCAUGGCAGGCCAGUCUUCACAGAUUAGGCAGCCAUUUUUGUGGGGGAUCCCUCAUCAACAAAGAGUGGGUAUUGACUGCUGCUCACUGCUUUUCCAGUACCAGUACAUCAAAUGUGGUGGUCUACGUGGGUCGUCUGAGCCAGGAGGGCUCCAACCCCAACGAGGUGAACCGGACAGUCACUCAGAUCAUCUGCCACCCCAACUACACCAGAAGUACCCAUGACAACGACAUGUGUCUGCUGAAGCUCUCCUCCACUGUGACUUUUACAAACUUCAUUCGGCCAGUCUGCCUAGCUGCACCAGGCAGCUCCUUCCAUGCUGGGGCUACUAGCUGGGUCACUGGCUGGGGCACCAUCCGCAGUGGAGUGUCCCUGCCCUCACCACAGACCCUACAGGAAGUGGAUGUGCCAGUAGUGGGGAACAGGCAGUGUAACUGUAACAAUGGAGUUGGUUCCAUCACUGAUAACAUGAUCUGUGCUGGUCUAUCAGCAGGAGGAAAGGAUUCCUGUCAGGGGGACUCAGGAGGUCCAAUGGUGAGCAAACAGGGUAUUCGCUGGAUCCAGUCUGGCGUUGUGAGUUUCGGCAAUGGGUGUGCCCAGGCAAAUCUCCCAGGAGUAUACGCAAGGGUGUCUCAGUACCAGACCUGGAUCAACAGCCAGAUCACCAGUGACCAGCCAGGCUACGUCACCUUCUCCUCCAGUGGGACUGAUUCUGACCUCAGUGUCUCCUGUACUGGUCUUCCAGCCCCAGCCACCACCACAACAACUGCACCUACGACCACAACUACCACCAGAACUGCACCGAAAACCACAACCACCACUACCACCACAACUGCCCUUGUGACCAAAGCUGCCUCGACGACCAACACAACUGCUCCAUCCAUUACCACCACACCUAUGACGAUAACUACCCCUAAAACCACCACAACUGUCCCUAAAACCACUCCUGAACCCGUGUUGUGCGGCAGUGCCUCUUUGAACUCCCUUACUGGUGGGGGCUUGGCCUCAGGGGGAUCCUGGCCCUGGAUAGCCAGUCUACAGACAAACGGAACACACGUCUGCGGGGGCACAAUGGUGGCAGAGGACUAUGUCAUGAGCGAUGCUGGGUGCUUCUCCAGUCAGUCCGACGCCUCUCAGUGGACCGUGAUCAUGGGUCGUCUAAAGCAGAACGGCUCCAACCCCAACGAGGUAACCCUUAAAGUCAUCAACAUCACCAUGAGCAACUUGACAGCCAACAACGUGGCAAUCCUCAGACUGGCCAGCCAACCCACGUUGUCUGACUACAUCCAGCCCAUCUGUGUGGACCAGGGAAGCAGCACCUUCAGCAUAGGGACUCAGUGCUGGGUGGCUGGCUGGGGCAGGGGCCAGGGUGGAGCUGAACAGAACUUGCAGCAGUCCCAGACCUCUGUGUUGGAUUGUGAGAGCUCUGGCUCCUCUGAUAACAUCUGCACUGCUGCCUUGGACCUUCGACAGGGUGAAGGGGGUGGUCCUCUGAUGUGUAAGCAGGGUGAUGCAUGGUACCAAGCUGCUGUUUUGACUGUCAACAGCAGCAACAAGACCAGCUCCAGCAAAACACGAUGGAGCCGGAGUGCUCGCUCCUCCAACAUCCAGGUCUUCACCAAAACCGCUCGCUUCCAGAGCUUCCUUCAGACCACUGUGGGCACGUUCCCUUCACCCGUCACUGCCAGAACCCCAAUCAAUGACACCAACACUGCCAACAGCACAACUGUCAGCGCAACUACCGCUGUCGUUACUCCUACCAGUGGGGUAACUCUGGCCCACUCAUCCCUGGUCCUGCUCUUCUUGUCUCUCCUACUGUCUCUCGGUCAAGCCAGGUGACGCUGAGGAGUCACCUUCAUGUAAACCUCUGGCAAUAGGGUCUAAAUGUGCUCUGUUUGAAGUAUGUACCCUUGCGCUUAAUAUAUUGCUGCUCUAGAAUUUUUUGGUGAGUUUAAUAUGGUUAUCCCAGAACUCAAAUCUUGCGUAAUUUGGUCAGAUGCGUGAUUUAUUUCUGGGUCCAUGUGUUUCAAAUUGAGAGUUUGGGUUUGCGAUGUCUCCAUCCUUUGCAAAAGGAAACUCUCAGCCAAAGCAGUGAAAUUUAAGCACCGCCUUCGCCCAAUCCUGAUAGGUCCAAAUUAUCAGUGAGGAAAACCUAAACAUUGUAACUACUGCUGCUCGUUAUCCUAUGCCUCCCAUUCCGUCUCAACAGAUUAUUUGGUUUCUGUACAACAUUUGUCCACAAACACUGCCUGGUCUAACGCUGCCUGCAACAGUCUACUGA